UAACAAAUAUCAAGAAGAAGAAAUCCCAUGGUGUUUUCCUUCUUGGGUGGAUGGCCUGCUCUGGAUUUAGCCUGUCAAAACUGCUCUAAGACAAGAGCAACGUGGGGUAAAGAGAGAGUGCAGUGUUCACAUUUUUCCGUUUUGUCAUUAAAAGCAUAAGCGGAUCGUUACUUUGGAGUGUGUUCACCGAAGAGCAGAUCGGAUAAGUCACUGACUGGCAUGUUUCGCUACUAGCAAGCUACCAGCACAGAAAGGCAUAUGAUCGCGAAUGUGGUGUUUGAACUUGUUGACACUGACUGAGACCUGAAAAGGCAACAACAGAAACCCGUUCUCCCCUCCCCAGUCUCCUUUUGCUGACCCUCUCUGAACAACAGCAUUUUCUUUCCACCAUGAAUGAAGUCAGAACACUCAAAGAGGGCUGGCUCCUCAAAAGAGGAGAGUACAUUAAGACGUGGAGGCCCAGGUACUUUAUCUUAAAAAGUGAUGGCUCCUUCAUCGGCUACAAGGAGAAGCCGGAUCUGAAUGACCAGAGCUCACCACCCCUAAAUAACUUCUCAGUUGCAGAAUGCCAGUUAAUGAAGACUGAAAGACCCCGGCCCAACACAUUUGUUAUCCGUUGCCUACAGUGGACCACAUUCAUUGAGCGAACCUUUCACGUGGACACCAAUGACGAGAGAGAGGAGUGGAUGAGGGCCAUCCAGGCGGUGGCCAACGGGCUGAAGAUGCGUGAGGAGGAGGACGAGGAGCCCAUGGACCUAUUUGGCUCGCCCAGCGAGUGUAGCCUGGAGGAGAUGGAGGUGGCUAUGUCCAAGAGCCGCACCAAAACGAACAUGAGUGACUUUGAAUACCUUAAGCUCCUGGGCAAGGGGACCUUCGGCAAGGUGAUUCUAGUCAAAGAGAAGUCCACCGGCGUCCACUACGCCAUGAAGAUCCUCCGCAAAGAGGUCAUCAUUGCCAAGGAUGAGGUGGCGCACACGGUUACAGAGAGCAGAGUGUUGCAGAACAUGAGACACCCUUUCCUCACGACGUUGAAAUAUGCUUUCCAAACGCACGAUCGGCUUUGCUUUGUGAUGGAAUAUGCCAACGGAGGAGAGCUCUUCUUCCACUUGUCGCGAGAGCGGGUGUUCACGGAAGACCGGGCGCGCUUCUACGGCGCCGAGAUCGUGUCAGCGCUGAAGUACCUCCACUCACGUGACGUGGUGUACCGGGAUCUGAAGCUGGAGAACCUCAUGCUCGACAAGGACGGCCACGUAAAGAUCACAGACUUCGGCCUGUGCAAGGAGGGCAUUACUCCGGACGCCACCAUGAAGACCUUCUGUGGAACCCCCGAGUACCUAGCGCCCGAGGUGCUGGAGGACAACGACUACGGCCGGGCGGUGGACUGGUGGGGCCUGGGCGUGGUCAUGUACGAGAUGAUGUGUGGCCGGCUGCCCUUCUACAACCAGGACCACGAGCGCCUCUUCGAGCUCAUCCUGAUGGAGGAGAUCCGCUUCCCCAAGAACCUGGCCCCCGAGGCCAAGGCCCUGCUGGCAGGCCUGCUGAAGAAGGACCCCAAGCAGAGGUUAGGGGGUGGUCCUAAUGAUGCCAAAGAAGUUAUGGGCCAUGCCUUCUUCGCGUCCAUAAACUGGCAGGAUGUAAUCGACAAAAAACUCACCCCGCUGUUCAAGCCCCAGGUCACGUCCGAGACGGACACCCGAUACUUCGACGACGAGUUCACCGCACAGACCAUCACACUGACACCCCCCGACAAGUAUAACAGUCUGGACUGCGAAGACACAAGCAAUCAAGCGCAUUUCCCACAGUUCUCCUAUUCUGCCAGCAUAAGAGAGUGAUAGCAUCUCAACCCCCUACACAUACACACACACACAUGCACACGCACACGCGCAUGCAGGGCACACGGAAACACACACACACGGAAACACACACACACACACACACACGGAAACACACACACGGAAACACACACACACACACACGGAAACACAUGUAGGAGAAACGCAAGGUGACUGUCUGCUGACCUGGGUGUCCAAUCAAAAGAAAAAAAGGAUCUAUAACAAAAAAAAGGAACAGAAAAGAAAGUGCCUGAAACCUGGCAGCCAUAUUGUUUUGAUAUACUGUAAAAAAAAAACACACAAAAAAAACAGACGUCAACAACUCGGUCGUCCACACUACAGACCAGCCUGCUAGCAUGUUGGCUGGACUGUAUCAAACUGGACCCUUCAGUACCUCACUAUGUCAUCUGCACACACACACACACACACACACACACACACACACACACACACACACACACACACACACACACACACACACACACACACACACACACACACACACACACACACACACAAGAAAAUAGAUAUACAAUCAGGUCUACCAUAUAUCUAUGUUUGGGUGGCCUCUGUUAUAAACUGCUGCUGCUUUUUCUUUCGGUUUCUCCCACCCCCCUUUUCUUGACGGUAACACCAAGCCGUUUAUUUUCAGUAGCUUCUUUUAUAUCCCCCCUCUGUUCUUGCCUUCUUAAUGUCAUGGUCUUAUACGAAGCCAUGCAGAUAUCGCAAUUACUCUUCAAGUGCUCUUUCCUGGAAGCGCCAGCGUCCCCCGGCGGUGAAGGUGUGGGUUGUCCACGAGGGAGGGCGGGACCGAGGAGUGUAGCAUUUAGAGAAUGUGUUUCUUUUUCUCCCCUUAUGGUUGGCUAUGGGAGUGAGAUUCUACUUCUCCUUAUUUUUCUUUAUAUUCAGAGAACACUUUGGCAUGAAAUCCAUACUGAAUGUCAUCGCUUGAUUUGAGAGAAAAAAAA